CAUUCUUAUUCCUGACUACUUGUGUUCUGCCAUCCAAUGUACCAUUAUUUAUUACAGUUUCAAAUUUUAAAUAGAAAUGAAAAAGAAAUACUAACAACAUAACUUAAUGAUGUGAGAGACCCAAAAACUCAACAAAAAUACCAAUCGCAACACAAAAAUAUAUAUCAACAUUUAUACAUUCAGCACUGAUUACAAGAGACGGAGUGCAAACAGAUAAAAAAUAAAAUACACAAUUUUAGAUAAAGUGAGACAUAAAGAGGCCAUCGAAAAUCGUGUACAUAAAAAACAUAGAACACAUUUUGGCAACAAAAUUUCAACUUAUAAGUUAUUCGAAAUUGAAAACGAGAUAAAAAAAAAUGAGAAUAUCUUCGGAUCAGUCGUAGAAACAUUAAUAAAAAGAGAGUCAAGAAAUAAUUACGUGGUCGUAACUAAAAAUAGAAGCAAAACCAUUUGUUCAAUUCGAAAGAGAGAGUGUGAGAGAGAGAGAGAGAGAGAGAAAAAAAAAUUAAAAGUUGCGGCAUCACCACCAAUGGUUGUUGAUACGAAUAUAAAUGUUUCGUUCCGCAGCGGCAGUUUCGGGCGACAUUUCAUUCGAAUGAUUUACGUUGGUGCACUCAACAUUAUCAUAAAAUGAAUAUGAUAUUGUUGGUGGUGAUAAGGUGUAAAAAUCAUUGGCACAUAUAAAAAUUUACACAAGUUGGCAUGGCAUGGAUAGUGGGAUUGUUUAUCCUACUAACCAUAAGCGUCAAUAUUGGCCUUCGAAUGGCUAUCGAAGAGUCAAUGAAAACAGCAACAGCAACAGCAACAACAACAACAACAUCAAUACCGUCAUUCGUGUCUUCAUCGAAAUCAACAAUUCCAUACGGUAUGGGCAAAAAGUCAUUAAGUCAGCCAUUUCAAUCAAUUGUAAAACCAACGUCACCGACUAUUGUUGUUACAACAUCAUCGGCAACACAAAUGACGACCCAAAAGCCGACACAAAAAUAUUCUAGUGCAAAAACCAAACAUUCAAUGAGCGAAUCUGUUGUGAUUCUAUCACCAAAUUCUGAACGUGAAGCUCAAGAAAUCUAUGAUAAGGCAUUAAAACAAUUCGAUUCGUAUGGUGUUUCGACGCGGCAAAUGUGCACCAUUUGGGAAAAAGAAGGCUGUCAAUGUUCCGGCACUGUUGAAGAAUUGACCUUAUCGUGCCGUUCAAUUGGCCUUACUGAAACACCGACCAAUCUACCAAAGAGUUUAAUCAAAUUAGAUCUUGGUAACAAUAAUAUAACAACAUUGCCAAAUAAUUCUUUUGAAUCUGUACCUCAUUUAGAAGAACUCAUACUCUCAGACAAUAGUUUAUUACAAAUUGAUUCAGAUGCAUUUAUAGGAUUAAAAAAUCUAAAACGGUUAUCAUUACAUAAUUGUGGCCUUUCUGUAGUUUCCGGAAAAGCUUUGAGCUAUCUCAAAAGUUUGAAUGCAUUACAACUAGAUGAUAAUGCACUUAUGCAUUUAGAUGAUAUUUCCUUCACUCAACUGAAGAGUCUACGGGCACUUCGACUUGAAGGAAAUAUGCUACAACGGGUGCCAACUGAAGCAUUGACUGGCUUAACAACUCUAGAAAUAUUAAAUUUAGGAGGCAAUCACCUACUUAAUAUAAAUGCUGGAGAUUUUCCAAAAUUGGAUAACUUGCGAUAUCUCACUCUGAAAAGAAAUCGUCUGACAAAUAUAACAGCCGAUGCGAUAAGCAAUUUAAUCAACUUAAAAAUUCUCGACCUGGAUGAUAAUUUGCUUACAGCGAUACCGAACAAAUUGGCAAAAUUAUCAAAUCUACAGGAAUUGUUUUUAUCGGGAAAUCGAAUAAAUACCAUUCAAAAAGAUGACCUUCCAAAAAAUCUAAUUACAUUGGAAUUGCGUGGCAAUCCAUUGGGUGAUAUAAAGUUUGAUGCUUUUCAAAGCAUGCCAAAAUUGCGAAAAUUAGUUUUAUCGGAUGCCAAGAGUUUAAGUGAGUUGCCGUCACUUGAGGGCUGUUCUGUAUUGGAAAUUCUUCGAAUGGAUCGAGCCAAUGUUUCCGUGAUACCAAACACACUAUGUUUGAAUUCAUCACACUUGAAAAGCUUAGAAUUGAAAUCGAAUAAGCUGAGAAGUAUUCCAGAUCUGUCACAAUGCAAGGAUUUGAGAAUUUUAGAUUUAUCCGAUAAUCGAAUCAGUUCGGUACACGAAACACCAUUCAAAGGCUUAGGUCAACUGCAUGAUCUGCUGUUGUCGUACAAUGAAAUCACAACAAUUCCAAGAGAUGCAUUUUUGGGUGCGCCAAGACUGCAAUUACUAGAUUUAGAAGGAAACAAAAUUUCUUUUAUUCAUGAAGAUUCGUUCGCUGGAUUUCUACAACUCGAAGAUUUGAAUUUAGGUAAUAACAUAUUUCCAAGAUUGCCAAAGAAUGGGAUGAAAAAUGUAGAGCAUUUAAAAUGCUUCAAUAACCCAAAUCUACGGGAAUUUCCACCACCCGAUACAUUUCCUCGCAUUCAGACGUUGGUCUUGUCAUAUGCGUAUCAUUGCUGUGCUUUUCUGCCGCUUGUUAUGAUGGCAAGCACGCCAAAAACGCCACCACUACAAGAAGCCGUUUUAUUUCCAACCGAUAAUGAAUUUGAUAUGUCUCUGUGGAAUAGCAGUCAAACCGAUAUUUGGCCUCAAUUGCAUAACUUGAGCAAAAAGUUUGGUAACCAGAUUAAUGAACUGUGGGAUUCGUUUGGGCAAGACUUUACGUACCCUGGAAAUUUGCCAGCUUAUGUUGAAGAAUAUUUCGAAGAGGAAACCUCGCCAACAAAAGCAUUCAAUGGCGAUUUCAAGCCAGGCUCCGUUCAAUGUUUACCAUUACCAGGUCCUUUUUUGCCAUGUGCCGACUUAUUCGAUUGGUGGACACUGCGGUGCGGUGUAUGGGUCGUAUUCCUAUUAGCGAUGCUUGGCAAUGGCACCGUUGUAUUUGUGUUAAUUUUUUCGCGUUCAAAAAUGGAUGUACCAAGAUUUUUGGUGUGCAAUUUAGCGGCAGCUGAUUUUUUCAUGGGCAUUUAUUUGGGCAUACUUGCCGUUGUGGAUGCAUCAACAUUGGGUGAAUUUCGUAUGUACGCAAUACCAUGGCAGAUGAGUAUUGGAUGUCAAAUAGCCGGUUUUUUGGCCGUUUUAUCAUCUGAGCUAUCCGUUUAUACAUUGGCUGUGAUAACAUUGGAGCGAAAUUAUGCGAUAACGCAUGCAAUGCACUUGAACAAACGGCUAUCAUUACGGCAUGCUGGCUAUAUUAUGAUAUUCGGGUGGUUAUUUUCGAUAACAAUGGCCGUUUUACCGUUGUUUGGUGUGUCCGAUUAUCGAAAAUUUGCCGUUUGUUUGCCAUUUGAAACGACAACCGGACCGGCAAGUCUUGCCUAUGUCGUAUUUUUGAUGUUUAUAAAUGGUGUUGCAUUCUUAAUUUUAAUGGGUUGCUAUUUGAAAAUGUACUGUGCCAUUCGUGGCAGUCAAGCAUGGAAUUCAAACGAUUCACGUAUCGCAAAACGUAUGGCAUUGCUGGUAUUUACCGAUUUCUUGUGCUGGUCACCAAUUGCAUUUCUAUCAUUGACCGCAGUGUUUGGCAUUCAUUUAAUCAAUCUCAAUCAGGCAAAAGUUUUUACCGUUUUCGUGCUACCAUUGAACUCUUGUUGUAAUCCAUUUCUUUAUGCAAUUAUGACAAAACAAUUUAAAAAGGAUUGUGUUAUGAUUUGCAAAGCGAUUGAAGAAUCGCGUGUAACACGUGGUAUUGGACGUUGUCGACACAGUUCGAAUUUUAGCAAUCGACAAACACCAGCCAAUACAAAUUCACUUGGUGAACGGUCAUCAAAGGAGUUGCCACCGUUGAUGGGCGCACAAACGUGUGCAUGCGCUAAAUUAUUGGAACAAACUGUAACUCUAGUCGAGCUACCGCCAUCAUUUUGGAUGAGAAUUUGGUAUCGUAUCACAUGCAAUAAACCGAAAAAACGUUCGGACAAUCGACGUGACGUUCGAUGCGAUCAAUAUGCCUAUAAAAUUGCAGAAAUUCAACAAAAACCAUACAAGAGAGACAACUCCCUUUCAAAUAGCGAUAAUUUUAGCUCAUCGCGUUCAGACUCAUGGCGUCACGGUCCACCUCAUCAUUGCUCAAUUCCAUUACGCAUCUUAGAGACUCGACGUCGACAUUCCUCAUGGUUAAUCCGUAAAACGUCACAAGAUUCAAAUUUAUCGAGCUCAAGAAAUGAUUCAUCUUCAUCUGCAACAACUGCCAGCACAUCGACAUUCCGUUUAUCACGAUCUAGUGCGACGAGUACAACACCAGUACCUUCAUUGUCAGGCAAACAAUCGGCUUGCAAUUCAAAACCGCGAUUAGUUCGGCAACAUGCUGUACAAGGAAGAGGUCUUAUGAAUUCAAUUCCGCUGUAUGAAGCAACGAGUGAAAAGCCGCCAGAAACAGAAAUACCGUAGCCAUAUUUAUUUGUAAAAUACUUGAAUGCAUAAUAAAUGAACAAUUAUUUAUUAGUAAUGAAAUCGAUGAAUUUAACGAAUGUUAAUAAACUUUUCAUAAAA